UGUGUAUAUAUAGCUAAGCCUUAGCUAGCACAAGAAUAAACAGAAUUUCGAGCAGGAAUUUCCAAUAUUACCCUUUUCUCUUCCUCAAAAUCUCGUUUCGCAAUAGCAUCUUUUCAUUCCCACAGAAACACGCGCACUCUCUCUCUCUCUCUCUCUUUCUCUCACUUCACGAUGGAGAAAGCAGAGAGCUCCACCGCCUCCGCCUCCGCCUCCACCUCCGACCAAGACUCCGACGAAAAGCACCGCACACAACACCACCUAACAGUUCCAUCAGGUCUAACUCAACACGAGUUUGUCUCACUCAUCUCUUUCGUCGCUGAACACCACACCUACCUCAUAGGUCCCGGCCAAUGCUCCACCUUGCUCGCUCAACGAAUCCACGCGCCUCCUGAAACCGUCUGGUCCGUCGUACGCAGCUUCGACAAACCACAAAUCUACAAACACUUCAUCAAAAGCUGCUCUCUCAAAGAAGGUUUUCAAAUGAAAGUCGGUUGCACCAGAGACGUCAAUGUCAUCUCCGGUCUCCCGGCGGCAACUAGCACCGAGAGACUCGACGUUCUCGAUGACGAACGCCGUGUCACCGGAUUCAGUAUCACCGGCGGCGAACACCGCUUGAGAAACUACCGUUCUGUUACCUCCGUCCACGGUUUUGAUGACGGUGACGGCGAGAUCCGGACGGUUGUUCUGGAAUCUUAUAUAGUUGAUGUUCCUGAAGGUAACACCGAAGAGGAUACGCGUCUUUUUGCUGAUACCGUUGUGAAGCUUAAUCUUCAGAAGCUUGCGUCUGUCACCGAAGGAAAGAACCGUAACGGUGACGGUAAGUCACAUUAGUAGGGACCACAUCACCGCAAGUUUUAUUAAAUACCGAAAGAAAAAAAAAGGAUUGGAAAUUGAAAUGAAAAAAAAUUGUUGUAACUGUUUUGAAAGUGUUGUGAAAAGUUGAAACUAUCGCCGGCUGGCUGGCUCGCUCCCUCAUGAAUACAUAAAAAAAAAAAAAAAAAACUCAAUCGUGUGUUUUUCUUUUUUUCCUAUAUUUUUUUUUGGGAGAUUCAUUUGGUUUUUUGUAGUUCUUUUAUUUUGUGUGAGACUUUUUUUUUCAAUGAAGAUUUUACAUUCCAGUGUUUUUUCUGCAAUAUGUUGUGGUGGAUGAAUUUGAAAAUUGUUAAUCGCAAUGUGUAAGGGCAUUUGAGUCAAUGUAGUUGUACAGAAAAUGUUGACUUGUUGAUGUGAUCACUGUGAAUAUCAUUUGCUUUUUACCUUGA